AUGGAAAUCUGUCUGACUUUUAUUCUUCUCUCAUCCACACUCACACUCACAGCAGCUGCUCUCUCUCUCUCUCUCUCUCUCUCUCUCUCAGACAGUGUGAGGUUGGUGAAUGGUGGAAGUCGCUGUGCUGGGAGAGUGGAGGUUCUUCAGGAAGGACAGUGGGGAACAGUCUGUAGUGGUGGCUGGGAUAUGGUCGAUGCUGCAGUGGUGUGUAGAGAGCUGCGCUGUGGGGAGGCUGUAGAUGUGCAGUAUGCAGCUAACUUUGGACCAGGAUCAGGACCAAUCUGGAUAGUUGGUCUGCAGUGUAGAGGAUCAGAGUCGACACUGAAGAGCUGUGGAUCAGAUGGGAGGGGGGAACCUUAUGGCUGUAAUCAUUUUGUUGAUGCUGGAGUCACCUGCUCAGGUCACCGAAUGUCGAGACUCACUGCUGGUCCUCACCGGUGCUCUGGGAGAGUGGAGGUGCUUCUUGGAGGUUCCUGGUCCACAGUGUGUGAUGCUGACUUUGACCAGCAGGAUGCAGAGGUUGUGUGUCGAGAGCUGGGCUGUGGGAUUCCUGUGGAGGUGCUGGGAUCAUCUGCUUUUGGCCGAGGGGAGGGUCAGGUGUGGACAGAGGAGCUUCAGUGUAGAGGAAAUGAAUCUGAGAUUACCUUCUGUCCAACAUCAUCUUCACUCAAACACUCAACCUGCUCCCAUUACAACGAUACUGAGCUCUCGGCUGUUUGUUCAGGUCACACAGGGGCGCGGCUGGUGAACGGACCGGACUCCUGUUCUGGUCGAGUGGAGCUCCAGUACCUCGGUGACUGGGGCACAGUUUGCGCUGUAGGCUGGGAUAUGAGAGUUGCAGAUGUUCUCUGUGCACAGCUGGAUUGUGGGAGUGCUGUGGCUGUGGUGGAGGUCGAGUGGUUUGGGGAGGGGAGUGGCCACAUCUCGGCUGAUGUGUUUGACUGUCAGGGGAAGGAGACACACCUAUCACAAUGUACCAUCUCAUCAUGGAGUCGAGCUGCAUGCUCUCAUAAACACGAUGCUGGAGUCAUCUGUAAUGGUGAGAUAUUAACGUCACCUACACCACGAUCAUCCGUGGCGUUUCAUGAGGGGCGAGUGCGGUUGUCUGGAGGGAGCGAGUGUCAGGGGGAGGUGGAGAUUUAUUUCAGGCAGGACUGGAGGAGAGUUCUCCUGGACUCGUGGAGUCUGUCUGAGGCGUCUGUGCUCUGCAGACAGCUGGGCUGUGGCUCCGUGCUGAACUACCGCUCCUCUCCAUCCACCACUGAACACAAACACAUGUGUGUAACGGGUUUCAGCUGCUCUGGGAGUGAAGCUCAUCUGGGGAACUGCAGCAGUGCACAACCUGUCAACUGCAGCUCCGGGGAACAGCUGUACAUCACCUGCUCAGUUAUUACAUUUACUCCAGGCCUCAGCUCCAUCAGGCUGGUCGGUUCUGGGGGAGACUGUGCAGGAAGGCUGGAGGUUUUCCACAGCGGCUCGUGGGGGACAGUGUGUGAUGACUCGUGGGAUAUUGAGGAUGCGCAGGUGGUGUGCAGACAGCUGCAGUGUGGAGUGGCCCUCAGUACCCACAUACCAGCCUGGUUUGGUCCUGGAACUGGGUCCAUAUGGCUGAAUGAGGUGGAGUGUGAGGGGAACGAGACGUCCCUGUGGAACUGCAGAUUUCAGCUGUGUGAAGAGGGUGAAUGUGGACACCAGGAGGACGUAGGAGUCGUGUGCUCAGGUACAGUGUAAUGACUGAGAUUAAACCUGUAAAUAUGAAUAUGUCUGUAUUUCAAACUGAGGUCCAAAGUUCCUGAAAUUCACCAUGACAGUAAUUACCUGUUUAUAAAUGUAAAUGUAGUUUUUUUUUUUUUUUUUACAUAAAGAUAACAUUACACAUAUUUAACUGAAUCAAUAAAACAGGAUUUUUAAUGUAUGUAAUCCUCUCACCAGAGUUUAAAGAGAUCCGACUCAUGGAGGGCUGUGAGGGGAAUCUGGAAGUGUUCUACAAUGGAACCUGGGGUAAUGUGUGUUACAACAAGAUGGAGAUGAAGUUAGAAACAGCAGAUAUGGUGUGUCGAGAGCUGAACUGUGGAAGAGGCGAGAGUUUGGACUCGGCCAGAGCGAGAGUCGAAUCUGCUCCUAACUGGAUGGAUCAUGUGAAAUGUAGGAAACACGACUCUAAUCUGUUGAAGUGUCCAUCUUCACCCUGGGGACAGAACAGAUGUGAUAAUGGUGAUGAGGUGGUUCAGAUUACCUGCACAGGUAGGAGGAGUCUCUCUCUCUACUAGUUUUAUACAUUGCUAUGGAAUUUGCAUAAAUAUUCCAGCUAUAAAAUAAGAAAGAGAGAAAAGUCUGUUUCAUGCAUUUUAUUACUGCAGACGAUGGAACGUCUCUACGUACUCAUGGAACAUGCUCUUCAUUUCCUCUUCACAAAUAUUGCUCAAAGCACUGGUCUCUCAGGCUGAGUGGAGUAGAGGGAAGCUGCUCUGGGAGGUUGGAGGUGUAUCAUAACGCUACGUGGGGCUCCGUUUGUGAUGAUCAGUGGAACAUCAGGAACGCUCAGGUGGUGUGCAGACAGCUGGGCUGUGGGUCGGCGCUGAGUGCUGAUAGGAAUGUUAGUUCUGGUCCUGGUGAAGGGACUAUCUGGCUGAACAGAGUGAAGUGUCGAGGGGAUGAGAUUCACCUGUGGGACUGUCAUCAUUCCCUGAAGAAACACACUGACUGCUCUCAUGCUGGAGUCACCUGUGCAGGUCAGAGGGGUGUGCUAACUUUUCAGCUUCCUGUCUCCACUCAUUACACUUUUCUCCCAGUGUUAAGACCUGAUAACUUUUAUUUAUAAUCUUAGAUAUUAGUUUGAAAGCUCAGACCCUAAACUGUAAUACACUGAUCAGCAGGUCAUAACCCUUAUUUAGUGAGAGUAUAUUUUAUUAUAUGAUAGAAAGUGUUUUUAUAUUCUGUAAAUACAGACGUGUCCACUACUACACCCACCACCACCACCACCACCACCACCAAAUCAGGUAUGUAUAUUUGUUACAAUACAAUAUUUGUUACUGUUCAUCAUUUUUGUAAAUAUUUAUGAUUACAGUGCCGUAUCAAGAUCCUCUUCUGUGUUUUUAACUUCAGUAAGAGCCACUCCAAAUCCUCCAGCACCUAAAGCUCCACCCACCCCUCCACUGGUUCUCUUUGUGUUGGGAACGCUGCUCUUCCUGGCCUUAGUGCUUCUGCUGGUACUGUUUUACCAGAACAGAGUGCUCAGGAGAGGUACGAGACAUACCUGUAAAUACUAAUUACAUUUUAUCCUGCUGUUAAAAUUGUCCUGUAAGAAUUUCAUUAAAAGUUAUUAUUAUUAUUAUUAUUAUCCACUCCCAGUUGUCUCUAAGAGGAG